AUGUCUUCUUCAUAUCCUACAUCAUAUUCCCCCAACUUUCCAAUCGAUAAUAAUGUGACGGCGGAAACCUACAAUUUUGGAAAUACCAUGCUGUGUCAAUCUGCAGUGUCAACCUACAUUUCGGCCAUUGAUUCCUGGACGACUUUCACUCCAGCAACAUGUUCACAUAAUAACUCUCCCACUGCCUCUACAAAUCCAUCUUCAGCUUUGACAAUCACUUCUACCGGAUUUGCAACGCUUCAAGAGACAUCUUUAAGUGAUGCAUCUGUAUCUACAGUCACCAAGUUCAGUAGCACUGGGACAACUACUACUAUUACUGGUAGCUUGAGUACAAAUUCCCAAACGAGCAGUGCACCGAAAGAAGUUCUUGUUCCUGGAUUGUCUGGGAUAUCGGGUCUGGGUUGGAUACUUUACUUCAGCUACAAACUCCUUCAUUAA